AUGACCGACGCCACAAACAACCCUCUCUCCGGCCUCUGGCAACCAACCCAGCUUCAACGCCUCCAUUAUGGCAGCGGCUCAGUGCGGAAACACCUUUUAGAUUGUCUCCCCGAUGAGAACAGCAAAGCAUUCAUCAUCACUGGCAACUCGCUCGCUAACAAGACCCCACUUGUCAAAGAUGUUGAGAAACUCUUGGUCUCCAAGCACGCCGGCACAUUUAGCAAGAUCGGCGAACACGCGCCCGUCGCUGCCCUUGACGAAGCCACGAGAAUCGUGGAGGACGACUCCUCUGUCGAUACGGUGAUUUCCAUUGGCGGCGGCUCCCCCAUCGACUCUGCAAAAGCAAUCUCCUACCGCCUGCACGAAAAGACCGGGAAAUGGCUGCACCACAUCGCCAUCCCGACGACCCUGUCCGCGUCCGAAUGCACGAUGAUGGCGGGCUACACGGAAUCUGAUGGCGUCAAAACAGGCGUGCGCGCGAAAGAACUCGUGCCGCACGUCGUCCUCUACGAUGCGUCGUUUGCUUUGCACACACCCGCUCGCCUGUGGACAUCCACGGGCCUGCGGGCCAUGGACCAUGCAAUCGAACUCCUUUACCACCCCACAGCCUCCGAGAUGCCUGCGCGCUGGCUGUGCCUUCAAUCUGCGGCGAAUCUGUUCGAGAACCUGGUCAGGUACAAGGAGAACCCGAAAGACGAGGACGUAAUCACAAAGCUGCAACUCGCCGCCUUCGCAUCCCUCGGCUUCCUAGGCUACAACAUCAAAGGCGGGCUAGGCCUCUCGCACGCCUUAGGCUAUGCGCUGGGGAGUCCGUAUGGGAUUCCGCAUGGUAUCACGUCCUGCCUUACACUCGGACAUGUUGUCAAGCUGAAAAGUCAGGAUUCGGAUGCGGCGACUCAGAUUGCGAGGUUGUUGCCGUUCAUCGGUGAGGCAACUUCAGGGGACGCGAAGAAGGAUGCCGAGAAGGUGGGGGAUAGGCUGUUGAAGCUCGUGAAGGAUCUGGGGUUGGAUAGCGAUCUGAGGAAUUAUGAGGUUGGGAAGGACCAGAUCCCGGUCAUCACCAAGCGCGCGACAGGACAGGAGAGCGGCGACGUGUACAACGCCGUAGAAGGAUUGGUCAAGGGGCUGUUUCCUUGA